UUCCCAUUAGCAACCGGAGGCUUCUAAACAAGUUGCCCUCCCUCCGCAUCUUCUGCGGCCCAACCACCCGCGGCGACCCGGGGCUUGGCGGGGCUCCGCCUGGCCUCUCGGGCUCCUCUAGGCUGCGACUCUCGCCGCCGCCAUGGCAGAGUUGGGCCUAAACGAGCACCAUCAAAAUGAAGUUAUCAAUUACAUGCGUUUUGCUCGUUCAAAAAGAGGUCUGAGACUCAAAACUGUAGAUUCCUGCUUCCAAGACCUCAAGGAGAGCAGGCUGGUGGAGGAGACCUUCACUGUAGACGAGGUCUCCGAGGUCCUGAGCGGGCUGCAGGCUGUGGUCUACAGCGAGGUGGAGUCUGAGCUCAUCAACACAGCCCACACCAACGUCCUGCUCCUGCGGCAGCUCUUCUCCCAGGCUGAGAAGUGGUACCUCAAGCUACAGACCGAUAUCUCUGAACUUGAAAACAGAGAAUUAUUGGAACAAGUUGCAGAAUUUGAAAAAGCAGAAUUUACAUCUUCCAAUAAAAAGCCCAUCGUAGAGACCAUGAAGCCCAAACUCGCUCCACUUAAUGAGGGCGGAAGCACGGAACUCCUGAACAAGGAAAUUUCCAGACUUCAAGAAGAGAAUGAGAAAUUGAAGUCAAGGCUGAAGACCAUUGAAAUGCAGGCAACCCAUGCUUUUGAUGAGAAGUCAAAGCUAGAAAGAGCACUGCAGGAUUUACAGCUCGACCAGGGAAAUCAAAAGGAUUUUAUAAAAGCCCAAGACUUGAAUGACUUGGAGAACACAGUAGCUGCUUUGAAGAGUGAGUUUCAGAAGACGCUUAACGACAAGACAGAAAACCAGAAGUCCCUGGAGGAGAAUCUGGCGACCGCCAAGCACGACCUACUCAGGGUUCAGGAGCAGCUGAGCAUGGCUGAAAAGGAAUUAGAGAAGAAAUUCCAACAAACAGCAGCUUACCGAAACAUGAAAGAGAUUCUCACCAAGAAGAAUGACCAAAUCAAAGACCUGAGGCGAAGACUGGCCAAGUACGAACCUGAAGAUUAA